AUGGUCAGCUUUUACUGUCCGAAUUAUGCUGCCAUCUUUGUUUUCCUGGCUGUGUUUGUCUUCUUCUAUGUACUUUUUAACACGGACGUCCUGGAGUUUCAGCAUAAAGGAAGCCUCACCGUUCCUGUCCCAAGACGUCACCUCACCUACCGCUUCUGCAGCUUCGAGCCGCUGUCCCCUGAGGAUGCUCUGGAGGAACGCCUCCUAUUAGACUCCAUUGCUUGGCCUGAAACUCCAUCCUUGCCAGCUCCUCUUUCCCUGGAGCAGACCACUGAUCCUGCCCACAGCAGGUUCACUGUUCUCCCAGAGAGGGGUGGACAACAGUGGCACGUAGGGGAUCAGCUGGAAGUUAUGAUCAAAAUGUACGACUUCCGGGGACGUCCCAAGAAGUCUGGGGGAGACGUCUUAUUUGCCCGUCUGCACAACCGAUCACUUGGUGCAGGUGUGGCUGGGAAAGUGUUGGAUCAUCUCAAUGGCUCCUACUCGGCUGUGUUUUCUUUACUCUGGGAGGGAAGCGCACAGGUUGAGGUGACACUGGUUCACCCCAGUGAGGCUGUCACAGUGCUGAAAAGGAUAGACAGAGAACAGCCGGAUAGGAUUCGUUUCCAGAGUGGCUUCCACUCAGGCUCAGUCUCUGAAACUACCAUCUGUAAUGUCUGCCUGCGUCCGACAGCACAGUCACAGUGUAACUUCACUGAUCUCACUACAGGUGAGCCCUGGUUUUGCUACAAGCCAAAGAACCUGAGCUGUGAUACCAGGAUCACCAACUACCUCAAUGGGUAUAAAGGGAAACUCGAGGUUAAUGAGAAGAAGCUCUUUAAAAGUGGUAUUAACAUGAAAGUCUCCAUUCGAGUUUCAGGAUCUUCUAGUGUCACUGUGUUGCCAAGCUUCUCAGAUCAACCGGAGGUGAAGAGCAAUAUUGUGCAGUCUGGACCUGUUGGCUAUUACUACAAGGAUGUGUGGCAGUCAAUAAGUGGCCCCACAGUCCGCCAGUUCAACAGUCCUUCUGUUAUCAACCACUGUCUGAAAGGCAAGGUGGUCCACCUGUAUGGAGACUCUACCGUCAGGCAGUGGUUUGAAUAUCUCAAGAAAUCACUACCAGAUCUCAAGCAGUUCAACCUGCACAGUUCAGUCAGAGUCGGACCUUUCAUGGCCUUAAACUAUGCAGACAACAUUUUGGUGACGUACAGAUUCCAUGGUCCUCCUGUUGGCAUGUCUGCCAGCGUCCCAACUAUCGAACUGCACUACAUUGCCAAUGAAGUAGACCGUUUAGUUGGCGGAGCUAACACCAUUGUAGUUUUUGGCAUCUGGACACACCUCAGCAGUUUCCCCACCGAGCUCUACAUCCGACGGCUGCAGAACAUCCGCAGGGCAGUGGUGCGGCUGCUGGACAGGGCUCCAGACACUCUGGUUAUAAUCCGGACUGGAAACCCCAAAACUGUGACGCCUGUUACUGUACUGUUCAACAGCGACUGGUAUUCGCUGCAGCGUGACAAGGUGCUCAGGGCCAUGUUCAAAGGGCUGAAUGUUCACCUGGUAGAUGCCUGGGAGAUGGUCUUGGCCCACCACCUGCCACAUAACAUCCAUCCACAACCUCCCAUUAUUAAGAAUAUGAUCAACGUGGUCUUGUCCCACAUAUGCCCUCAAAAGAGCAGCUAG